GUGUCAGUGGAGAAACUCCCUCUAUGUUCUCCAGAGUGGGAGAUGAUGUCAGUCUGCUGUGUACCAAUGUGGUUUAUCCAAACUGUUCCUCAACUACAUGGAUCUAUAGCAAAACUGUGUCUGAUGUUAAUAUUGAAGAGGUCGAAUUUGGGAAGAUCAGAGUUGACAAGACAAAGAGAGUAGAGAGAUUGAGUUUAGGGUCUGACUGUUCUCUAAAUGUCAGUGAUGUCAGAGAUGAGGAUGCUGGAAUCUACACAUGUCGACAGUUCCUUACAGAGGGUGGACAACAACAUGGAGGUGAUGCUCCUGUUAAACUGUCUGUUCUAAUCAGUGAGUAUUACUGUUUAAAGCAGAGCUUAAAUGUCACUGUGCAGUGUAGUGUUUAUAAUCAUGUGCAAAACAGCCAGCAAGUAUUGUAUACCUUUUUCUGGGUCGAGAAAUACACUUGAUUUUAUGUUUUUCUGACAGUUCUGAUGUAACUACUCUAAUUCCUGUCAAGACAACCACCAGUACUAAGCAACAGUCUAAGUUAGACUUGUAAUGUAAAAACAGCCCCAAACAUAUUUAUAGGAAGUACUGCUUGUCUAGUGCUCUAGAGAUUGGAGAAAGAUUUAGCAGAUUGCAGUAGAGAAAACUCUACAGGCAACAUAGAGUGAGUCAGUGGAUGUGGAUCCAUUCUGUACUGUGAUGUCACCCUUAUUCACCAAUGAAAAGUGGUCACCCUGUUUGUUUUCAAGAACUAUCCAGUACAGCCUCUACUGCAGGACCAGCCUUGUCAGCCACCUCCCCAUCUUCUGCUGGUAUUGUAUUUGAUACUAUUUCCAUUCUCAGUUGUAUGGUAGAUUGUAUGAGUGGUACAGCAUUGGGCCAAAGUCAGAUGUAUUACCUUGGUCGAUACACUAGGAGCCUCCCGAGUGGCGCAGUGGUCUAAGGCUCUGCAUCGCAGUGCUAGCUGUGCCACUAGAGAUCCUGGUUUGAAUCCAGGCUUUGUCGUAGCCAGCCGCGACCGGGAGACCCACGGGACGGCGCACAAUUGGCCCAGGGGAGGGAAUGGCCGGCAGGGAUGUAGCUCAGUUGGUAGAGCAUGGUGUUUGCAACGCCAGAGUUGCGUGUUCGAUUCCCACGGGGGGGCCAGUAUGAAAAAUCAAAAAAUAAUGUAUGCACUCACUAACUGUAAGUCGCUCUGGAUAAGAGCGUCUGCUAAAUGACUAAAAUGUAAUACACAAAGCAUGUAUUUGUACAUGAAACUUAACUUUCAUAUUCCAUUUUUUCACUUGGCUGUGGUGCCGUUCAAACUUCUCUUUUCCUGUGCGAAUUUCUGCUUCUCUGUGAUGCCAAAUACCACUACUUCAGGUUUAAGGUGUUAUAUAACCUUAAAAUUAUUUAGUGGAUGGUGUGAACAAUCGUAAUCCAUUAUGCACAAAUUUAAACGCUAAUCUUUGGUGUUCAGAAAAAGGUGCAGUUGUAGAGGUGUUUGGCUAAUGGAUAUUGGUCUUCAACAUCCUCUAUUGACUGCUGUGUGAUACAAACUUUACUUUCAUAAAAAUCAAUCUAAACGAUUGACUGUGUUUAAUCACUGUCUGUCUCAUUGUCCAGGUACCAGUAAUGCUGUUAAGUUGCCCAUCAGUCACAUCAUGCUCUUUUUGGCACUGACCAUCAUGGCUGCCAUAGUCACUAUUCACACAACAAGGAGGAACCGCCCACCCAAGGCUCUGCACCCACAAGCAGGUGAGAGUCACAGGCAUUGGUCCAGUUCCAUUUAGGUUCCUAACUCCUCCCACCUAGCUCCCACAACAUCAGUGUUCACAGAUCUGAAAAUACUGUAUAGACCUAAACAUUAUGAAUGGUUCCAUCAAUCCAUAGAACAUAUGGAGCAUACAAGAAAUUACAUUCACGUAUUCUGAUCUUCAGAUGUGUGAACUGAAAAGGAAUCAGGUUAUGAAUAGUUACUUAGCAUAAUCAUCUUGUCCAUCUAAACCCCUAUUAACUAUUUCAUCUGUACAGUCUGCUAUAGAAUGAAUGGUGAGACAUGUUGUCUGAUGUGUGUGUUGUUGUUUUGUUCUCUGUAUAGAAGAAGCCUCUGGUAUUGAGCUUCAGGUCCUGGAGGAA